UACAGGGAUAUAGGAUCAAACUUACUUCGUGCAAUUCGCAGAGGAGUGUUUCAAGAACUAGAGGAUUUGAAAGUUUUAGGUUUGCGUUCCAAUAAGAUUCACACAAUUGAAGCUGAUGCAUUUCGAGGCUUGAAAAAUUUAACAUUUUUGUACCUUCACGAUAAUAGAUUAACGAACAUUCGGCGAGAAUCGUUCCGAGGACUUCACUCAUUACAAACACUUUUUCUUAAUGGAAACCCAUUAUCAGAGUCGGAUUUUGCUCCUGACACCUUCGACGAGUUGACAAGCCUCAAAACAUUGAAACUGGAUCAAUUCAUCAUAUGCUGUUAUGCCAUAAGUACCAUUCCAAAUCUUAAAUGCCACUCACCUGACAGAGCGUUCUCGACUUGCGAUGAUUUGAUGAAAAACAACGGACUACGCAUGAGUAUUUGGAUCCUUGGACUACUGGCCUUUAUCGGAAACUUGUUGGUGAUCAUAGUGAGGAUUCGAGUUCGAGAUGAAAACAAAGUUCAGUCUUUCAUACUCACUAACUUAGCAUGUGCAGACUUUCUGAUGGGUGUAUACUUACUGAUCAUCGCCAUAAAAGAUCUUCAAUGGAAAGGCGAAUACUUCAAACACGACGUUGCUUGGAGAAAGGGAAACCUCUGCCAAUUCGCCGGCGCACUUUCAAUGCUUUCAAGUGAAGUGUCGGUUCUAAUGUUGUUAACUAUAACGAUAGACAGGCUUAUAUGUGUCGUCUUUGCCCUUAGAUUGCAAUCCCUAUCAUUGAAGUCAGUGCGCAUUUUUUGUUGUUGUAUAUGGAUAAUUGGCAUUAUCAUAUCGUUUAUUCCCUGGACAGGAAUAUCUUAUUUCAACGACGAGUUCCAUGGCUUUGGCUUCUUUGGCAGUUCUGCAGUUUGUCUGCCGCUUCAGUUCUCAGAGGAUAAGCCUGCAGGAUGGGAAUAUGCCACAGUAUUUUUCAUCGUUUUGAAUUCCGUGGUGUUAUUGUGUAUUAUGACUGCUUAUGUCUUAAUAUUCUGGACUGCUUUUACCCUCAUUAACUCUUCCUCAGUGAAACACAUGAAAGCCGAGUCGACCAAAGCCAGAAGACUUUUCUUCAUCGUUUUGACGGACUUUCUCUGUUGGAUGCCAAUUAUCAUUAUUGGAAUUCUAUCCUUAACUGGAAAUUUUCAUGAUCCUAAACACGAAGCAAAAGUUUGGAUAGCAGUUUUUGUUCUGCCUGUCAACUCUGCCAUCAACCCAAUCUUAUACACCUUUUCCACUCUAGGAGUGCGAAGAAAGUUAAGAUCAGCGCUCAGUAGGAGAUUUGGCGGAAAGUUCGGCUGCGGUAUGUGCAAACAAAGAGAGCCCACCGAAAAUUUAUCCAUGCAGGACACAGUUGUCUCGGAGCAUCGCCACAUGGAAUCAGUUGAAAGUCCACAGAGGAAGCUACAUAUCAUAGAGAAAGCUUCUGGAUUUUAUCAAGAUGAUGAUAUAUUUUAUUUCGUUGCUAAGGAAAUGACCAAAGGAGAGAGUGUCAAGGUGUUGCUGAAAUGCUUCAGCUCGAGAAAAAGGAGUACUUUCGAGAAUGAACUAGAAGUGGUUAAAUGUUUACCUCAAAGCGCGACUAGAAAUGAUAUUCCUGCUCUUCAGUGGUACUCGAAAGCAAAUGUUUUGGAAAUACAUUACGUGAAUGAGGAUAACCCACGACCCAAUGAGAAUAUAAGCGUGCUCUGCUACAAGUAUAUCGAAGGAAUCUCCCUACUGAAUUUUAUGGAAAAGAACCGCUCAUCCAUGAGUCUCUUUCUAGUUUACCAUCUUGCUCUUGACAUCAUUAGGACUUUGGAGUAUCUGCAUGAGCAUGGCGUGAAUCAUAAUGACAUUAUACCUGCAAAUAUCUUUUUAACUGAAAAUCCAGGGAUCCCUCGUUGGCGAGCAACGCUGAUAAACUUUGACCGUGCAUGCAAAGGACCAAGUCAUGCAAAUGACGUGAGGUCUUUUGGUGAUCUGCUCCAUGAAAUGGCUCAACGAUGCAGUGAAGGCUAUCAACAGGUGUCUGACUCAUUCCCUGUUAGUGCAAGGGAAGCAAACACGACCGCUGCCAUGGUUCGUUUACAACUUGAGGAUGCGUGGGGCGAGUAUUUAAUGGAAACACGACUGUAACGUAGAAUUUGCAAUGAUCCUCCUUUGACAAUUUACCGAGAAGAACGAGAGGACAUUCACUUCUUUUCCAGAAGACGAUUUAAAGUUUCUGAUAUAGUUCUCUGUGACAUCGAUACUUUCCCAACAGUUCGAGGAGUUGAGAGCAAGAUGGUACAUAAAAAAUCUUCUUUAGCGCCAGGUGUUCGUUGCUUGUUUACGCAGCAAAAAAAGUACACUAACGGUAAAAACAUUAUCUACACACAACCCUCCCACCUCACAGACUAUACAGUUUAGAUGAAGACACCUUCGCUUGUUUAAUUUUAUAUACAAUGUCAAACUAAGUGGGAAAUGUUAAAAGACAACGUUGUUCAUUUUA